AUGGCUGUUUUGAUCGAGGAACGUGUGGAACAAAAUAUCACGGAUACAAUUCAUGAGCUGCUGGAGUGGCACCAGAAGAGUGGACGCUUCGCAGUAUCGUCAUUCAAUCCGAACAUCGGUGCCGAAGUGAACUUUUUCACGGAACAUGGUGGUCGCAGUGAGCAUGAGCCGAUUCGAAGAGCCGGUGUUCGGUUCACGCAACUGAAAUGGCAUCCUAACGAGGACUUGGUUGUAGUGGCGUCGAACGACGGAGAUUUGCUGCUGAGAUAUGCAGAUGAUACAAGUGGUACGCAUUAUUGA